AUGGUGCUACCACAGGAAGAUGAAAAAAACAUAACCGAGGCUAUCAUAGAGCUGAGCGAUGCUCAGAUAAACCAAGUCAAGUACGCACGGUUUACUGAGUCUCAAAAACGCGUAUUUGUGUUACUUCUGGCGAUCGCAGCUUUUCAAGGCCCUAUGGCCUCAACAGCGUUUUUACCAGCAGUCCAGAGCAUAGCCGAAGAAUUCCAUACCACAGGAACCAUGAUCAACUCCUCUAACGCGGUGUUCUGUGUUGCAAUGGCAAUUGCUCCGUGCUUCUUUUCGCCGUAUAUCGAUUUUUACGGCAAAAAGCCCAUAUUCUUCAUCAACAGCGUGCUAGUAGCGGUGUGCUCUUUGCUGGUUGCAGUUUCGCAGAACCUGGCCAUGUUCUGGGUUUUCCGGAUAGGAAUGGGGUUUUUUGGUACCUGUUUUGUCUCGCUGGCAGGUGCUUGUAUGCCUGAUAUAUAUCCCGUUGAACGGAGGGGUCGGGCUUUAAGUUGGUGUCUCACUGGGGUGUUGACUGGACCAGGCUUGGCCCCGGUGCUUGGUGGAAUCAUCAUCACCUGGUCCCAUUGGCGAGUCAUUUUUUGGGUACAGACAGGUCUCUCAUGCCUGGUAGCAAUUGCAUUCUUUAUUUUCUUCAAAGAGACCGGAUAUAACCUUGCUUUUCACGAGUGGCAGAGGGAGUCUGGAAAGAGGUUUAAGCUUGUCGUGGUCAAUCCUUUCCGGGUAAUAGUGGCUCUGAGAAUAUCAAAUUUAGCUCUGAUCGGCUACUCAUCGGUGGCCUUGAUGUACAAUAUGUUCAACUUAUUAACCCCUAUUCGUUAUGUCGUUGACCCGAGAUUUAAUCUGACGUCUCCGGUGUAUGGCUCGCUCUUUUAUCUAGCCCCAGGAAUGGGCUAUCUCACUGCUACGUUCUUCUCGGGAAAAUGGUCUGACUACAUUCUAAUAAGGCAGAAGACCAAGCGAAAUGGAAAGGUUAUGUUUGAAGACAGACUCAAGGCAGCGAUAGUCCCGUUUGCAGCAGUACCACCCACCAUCCUGAUCUAUGGUUGGAGUCUGCAGAAAGAAAAGGGCGGAAUGGCACUCCCGAUAGUCGCCAUGUUUUUGAACGGAUUUUCUCAGACAAUGGCCAUCACCAGUACUAAUGCAUAUGUGAUUGAGUCUUAUCCACCAAUGGGUUCUCGGAGCAUCAGCUCCAACUACUUUGUCAGAUAUCUCGGCACUGCAGUAGGCACUGCGAGCGCGCUGCCCGCUAUAAAUGCCAUAGGAGUCGGAUGGAACUCCACGAUCACUGCCUUUGUGGUGAUUGCAGGUCUACUAUGUGUUAUUUUUGUGGCAUUCCGAGGCGAGAAAUCGAGACUCAGGUGGAUGGAAAAACACUCGGCUUCUCUCGAGCAACCGGUGUAG